AUGUCAGAAGAAUUGCAGGCUAAAGCAAAGCGUGCUCAAAAGCGUGUCCUCGAUUCCAUUCCUUCACGCUGGAUCUUGCCUGCCAAUGUCAAAGCCAAAUUCUCCAAAGGCGAUGCGAGAUCUAUAAUACCGGCCAGCGGCCUUCUUACAACUGCACAGAUCGAUAUCAUCAAUCACGAUGCCUCUGAUAUUGUCCAAAAGUUGGCGGAAGGGAAGUUCAAGGCCGCCGAAGUGAUGGAAGCGUUCUGUGCUAGCGCGGCUGUGGCACAUCAGGUGGUGAACUGUUUGGUCGAAUUCUUCCCCGAUGAAGCCAUAUCCCAAGCGAGGCAGCUUGACGAGCAAUUCUCGGAAACCAAAACGCUUGCGGGUCCCCUACACGGCCUUCCCAUGGCCAUCAAGGACACCCACGAUGUGAAAGGGAGGACUACGACCUGGGCUUUCGCCACUUGGCUGGACAGGCCGGCAGCUGAUGCAGACUCCUCCACCGUCAAAGUCAUGCGAGAUGCUGGUGCAAUCUUCUUUGCCCGAACGACGAUGCCUCAGACGGGGAUGGCCCUGGAGACCGUCAGUCCUCUUUGGGGCCGAACGCUGAACCCAUUCAAUCCGGCGGUUUUUGGUGCCGGCGGCUCUUCAGGAGGGGACGGUGCCCUGGUCGCAAUGCGCGGUUCUCCUGCUAGUGGUCUGUCCACAGAUAUAGGUGGAAGCAUUCGUGCGCCGGCAGCGUUCAACGGACUGUACGGAAUGCGUCCCACCGCGGAGCGAGUGCCUCGAACUGGUCUGGCUUCUCCUGCGGGAGGCAAUGUUUCCAUCAAGGUUUCUACUGGGCCAGUCUGCCACUCCAUGCAAGAUCUGAGAAUGUUCGUGAAGUUGCUCCUGACCCAUCCAACCCUCCCAUACGAGCCAACUGCCUGUUUGCCUUUCUGGGACGAGAUCGCAGCCUCAAAGUCUCGUCCGAAGCUUCGCAUUGGGUUGAUGUUGACCGACGACGUUGUCGAUCCACACCCUCCAGUACUACGUGCAUUGGAAGAAGUGCGGGCGAAGCUGAGAGCCGCUGGCCAUACCAUUGUUGAUUUUCGACCGCCAUUUGAUUGUUGGGAGGCUGCUUUGACGACCUGGGCACUCUACUUCCAAACAGGUGCUGCAGAAACCCUGGCGUUGCUGGAGGCUGGUGGAGAGAAGCCUAUCCCUGUAUUCGCGCAUUAUUUGAAGACGUUCGACAUCAAGCCACUCGCCGUAACGGAACUGUUUCGCCACAACGCAGCUCAGGCAGGGUAUAAAGCAGCAUUUCAGCAAUCAUGGGACGGAGACGGGUCUUAUGAUUGUAUCAUCUGCCCGUCUGCUCCUCUUGCCGGGUCUCCGCAUGACUUCCCGUUGUGGUGGGGAUAUACAACGCUCUGGAACCUGCUUGACUAUCCGUCGAUCAUGAUGCCGCUGAAGGGAUUCAAAAUCAAUUCUCAGCGAGACCCUAAGACAGCAGCCUACUCGCCACGUUCAAAUCCUUUCGACCGGGCCAACUGGGAGAUUUAUGAUCCCGAGGUCUGGAAGACUCAGCCCAUGACAUUCCAGAUAGUCGGUCGGCCUUACCAUGACGAGGCUCUGAUCAAUGUGUCGGAGGUGAUUGAUGGUGUCGUGAACGCAACCAACGCACCGCAUCUUUGA